UAUUUAAGAUAAGCGAUUUAACGGUUAAUUAGCGAUAAGAUAAAAGAACAAUAAAUAUUGAUUGGAAAACUAAAUUUUCAAUACCAUAUAGAUUUCCGUUAAAAAAGAGAUGGUUAUCAGAAAAUGGAGAAAAGCUGCCCAACCGCUGUGGAUGUUCAGCCUUUUUUGCUACUUUCACUAUUAAAAUUUCAUUAGUAAUGAAUAUGUAUAACAAAUGACAAAAUGUGAAUGUUUCAUUAAUAUGCAGAUUGUUGCUAUUUAAAAUGCAGUGAACAAAAUUAUUUUUUACAAAUAUAAAUUAAAUGCACUGUGAGCAGAUAAUUGACAUUCUUGGAAGAGAAAGUUGGAAAAAAUAGGAGUAAAUGAGUAAAACAGUGCGAUGGCUACAAAAUGGGGUGUGGUCAGUGCAGGAAAGAUAAGUCAUGAUUUUGUUACUGCUGUCCAAAGCAUACAAGAUGGGCAGCAUGAAUUUGUAGCUGUAGCUGCUAGAAAUUUAUCAUCAGCCACUGAAUUUGCUAAAUCACAUGGAAUUGCAAAAGCAUAUGGAUCAUAUGAAGAUCUUGCAAAAGAUCCAAGUAUUGAGGUGGCAUAUGUUGGUACAAUUAAUAGUGAGCAUUUUCGUGUUGGUAAAAUGAUGUUAGAAAAUGGCAAACAUGUUUUAAUGGAAAAGCCUAUGACACUCAAUGCAAAACAAACAAAGGCACUUAUUGAUAUCGCAAGGAAGAAUAAACGUUUCCUUAUGGAGGCAAUUUGGAGCAGAUUUAUUCCAUCCUACAGAUUUCUAAUAGACUACCUGAAAAAGGGUAAUAUAGGAGAAAUUGUUCAUAUAUAUUCAAAUUUUGGAAUUCCAUUAUUAUCAGUGGAGAGAAUUAUGAAAAAGUCUAUUGGAGGAGGUACAAUACUUGACCUUGGCAUUUAUACAUUAAAUGCUGUCACAAUGAUUUAUAAUGGUGAAAAACCUAAAAAAAUUGCUGCAGUUGGACAUCUAAAUGAUGAUGGAGUGGAUAUUGCUAUGGCUAGUAGUUUAUUGUACAGUAACAAUCGCACAGCCACUGUGAGCACUAAUGCUAUUGCAGAAUUGCCAAGUGACAUCACAAUUACAGGAACAAAGGGGCGUGUAAAAAUACCGAAGCAUAUGUGGUGCCCUAUUAUCAUUGAAACACCAGAAAAAACAUAUGAAUUUCCACUACCAGAUACCAAAACUCCAUGCAACUUUAUUAACAGCUCAGGGUUAAGAUACGAAGCCAAUGAAGUUAGAGAAUGUUUAAAAAAAGGUGCUUUGGAAAGUUCAAUCAUGCCAUUAGAUGACUCUGUAACAUUAGCAGAAAUCAUGGAUGAAAUUCGUCGACAAAUUGGAGUUGUGUAUGAUGUAGAUUAAAAGUGAUAAUAAUAUACACAGAAAGAGAAUAAUUUUAAUUGCUUAUGCUAAUUGCAUAAGUUAUUUCAAAUUUAUAAAUAUGAAUGAUAAUAUUUUUCUUUAAAAAAAUCAAAAUUAUUGAACAUAUACAUUCCUGAGUUAUGUCCAAUACUGGCAAAUGAUGUGAAUAAGAAAUAAAAGUUGUUGAUUUCUCAAUAAAAA